CUUGAAAUAAACGUUGAAGUAGUAGUAUUUAAAUGAAAAGAUGAAUCGUGCCCUAUUAGUGCGACCAUACAGUUCCAGUACUUCCAGUUCGAUUAAAAAGAGUGCAAAAUUAAUUAGAAAUGAAUUUUUGGAUUACUUUAAAGGAAGUUUGGGACAUACUUUUGUUCGAUCAAGUCCUGUUACACCACUUAAUGACCAAACAAUUGCAUUUGUUAAUGCUGGAAUGAAUCAAUUUAAGGGAGUUUUUUUGAAUUAUCAUGAUCCACCUGCAACGAAAGUUACAAAUUCUCAGAAGUGUAUUAGAAUUAGUGGGAAGCAUAAUGAUCUUGAUGUAGUUGGAAAUGAUACUUAUCAUCAUACAUUCUUUGAAAUGCUAGGAAAUUGGUCUUUUGGAGAUUAUUUUAAGAAAGAGGCUUGUCUUUAUGCUUGGGAUCUAUUAACUAAGCAUUAUGGUUUAAAAAAAGAUCUUUUAUAUAUAACAUACUUUGGUGGAAAUGAACAGCUAGGAUUAGAACCAGAUUUAGAAUGCAAAGAUAUCUGGUUAAGUAUUGGUGUUGCAAAAGAUAAAGUUUUGCCUUUUAAUAUGAAAGAUAAUUUUUGGGAAAUGGGUGUUAAUGGACCAUGUGGACCUUGCACAGAGAUACACAUAGAUCAUAGAAGACGAGGGUCAAAUCAAUCCAUGCGAGUUAAUAAAGGCUACGCAGAUCUGACAGAAUUGUGGAACAUAGUUUUUAUACAAUAUGAACGACUAGCAAAUGGUACCAUAGUACCUUUACCAAAAUAUCAUGUGGAUACUGGUAUGGGACUUGAAAGAUUAGUAGCACUAUUGCAGGAGAAAACUUCGAACUAUGACACUGAUCUUUUCCAACCACUCUUCAAAGCUAUCCAGAAAUAUACAAAAGCACCAGAAUAUAAAGGAGAAUUUUUUAAUGAUGAGUAUAAUCUUGAUAGUGCAUAUAGGAUACUAGCAGAUCAUAGUAGGAUGAUUACUGUGGCUCUAGCAGAUGGAGCAGUACUAGAGAAAAAUAAUAAAUUAAGAAAAAUAAUAAGAAAAGCAAUUGAUGUAGGUGAGAGAGUAUUUAAGAAAGAAAAUAUACUAUUAGAACUUUCAUAUGCUGUAGCAGAUAAUUUGGGCGAUGUUUAUCCAGAAUUGCAAACAAAUCUUAAAAAGGUGCAAAAAAUAAUAGAAUUUGAAAAAGAGCUAUUUAAAAGAUUGAGAGUGACUUCUGGUAAAGAAUGGAAUAAAAUUGUCGAAAUUAGGCCAGAAUUAGCAUCAGUUACUGAUUGGACAGCUCCUGGUUUAUUAAGUGGCUAUAAAUACUUACAAAAUACACUUAAAAACUUAAUAACAACUAAAACAUUACCAGGAAAUGUUGCUUUCAAAUUAUAUGAUACAUAUGGUUUAAGUGAAGAAACUAUAAAUGAACUUGCAGAAAUUGAAUCCUUAAAUUUAGAUACAGAAGCUUUCCAAAAUGAAUUACAAAAUAUUAAAUAUCAAUCGAAAAUUGGUCUAAAUAGGAAAUGUCAAAUGCAUAUAAAAGGAUCAAUAGAUUUACUAGAAAAAAGUCAUAUACCAAAAACUGAUGACACACUUAAAUAUGAAUAUGUUUUUGUUGAAAAUGAUUAUCGGUUUCCUACAAUUGAGAGUAAAGUCGUUGGACUGAUUAUUAAUGGUAACAGUUGCCACUGAAAUUAAAUGAUUACGACAAAUAUCGGAGAGUCAAAUAUUUAAUUUAUUGCAGGCAACUUAAUGUUAAACAAUAAGAAUGGAAUUACAAAUGAAAAUACAAAAUUGGAAGAAAGAGACGAAAUUGGAGUUAUAUUAGAUAGAACAUUAUGUUAUUCAUUAGAAGGUGGUCAAAUAUCAGACUGUGGAACUAUUUAUAUGAAAGAUUUGAUUCUCCAUAUAAAUAAUGUGGUAAAAAUGAAUAAUUAUGUUAUACACAUUUGCAAUGUCAAUUUAAAAGAUUUGGAUCAAAAACUAAAAAUCGGUGAUAAUUGUAUGGUUUCCAUUGAUUCUAAUCACAGAAAAGGAUUAAUGCAACAUCACACUGCUGCACAUUUAUUAAGUGCAUCUUUGAGACAAACUAUACAAGCAAUUUAUCCACGUGAUUCUCUUAUUUUUCCUCAUACCUUGAAACUUCAAUGUACCUCCUUUGGAGAAAAACUCUCUCUAGAAAAACUGAAAAAAAUUGAAAAAUCUAUAAAUAAUGUUAUACAAACUAAUGCUCCUGUUAAAAUAAAAGUACUAAAUUCCUCCGAAUUAUUAGCAGAGGACUUUGUGACAGUAAUACCAGGAGAAAUUUACCCAUAUACAGGUAUUCGAAUUGUGGAAAUUGACACUUGUACCUUAAAAUCAAAGGAAGCAUGUUGCGGUACACAUGUACAUAGAACUGGAGUAUUGGAACACUUCUGUUUUCUAAGUUACUCCUCGAAAGGAGCAGCAAAUUUUACUGUUAACGGAGCUGUUGGAUCAUUUGCUAAAUCUGCUAAAAUCGCAGGUGAAAAUAUCCAGAGGAAAAUUUUGAAUUUAGACCACAAAUUGACAAAUGACCAAAUUGGAUAUGAAGCAUUUGAAUUAAUUUACAAAGAAAUAAAAAAUGAGCUGAAAGAUAAUACUAAAAAAACACCAAUACCCUAUAUUGUUAGAGAAGAAUGUUUAAAGCAACUAGAAGAUUUAAAUAAAAAUACUUGGAUACAAACAAAAGAAGCAGAAAAGUCUGCUAUAAAUUUGGAAGUCAAAGGUACCAAUUCAACAAGUUCUUUUAUUGUUCAUUGCUUGUAUAAAAAUCCCAAGUGUUUGUCACUCCAAGAAAUUAUAUCUAUUUAUUUGAAUACUCCAACAUUAAUUAUUUUAUACCAUAACGAAACGAUAAGAGCACGGUGUUUUGUGCCUCAGGAAAUUGCGAGCGAUACGUUCAACGCACAAACGUGGAUGAAAGUAGUUCUUGAAAUUUUCAAAGCAGAAUAUGGUCCAAUCAGAGGUUUUAAUGCAUUCUUAGUGGCUAAUAUGAAAUCAAUAACUGUUUCACAAAUCUCAUCAGAGAAUCUAAUACCAAAAGCAAUUAAUGCAGCUAAAGACUUUGCAUCUAGAAGUAUACAAAAUAUGUAA